UAUAUUAUCUUGCUGUUCAACCCCUCCCGGCUUCGGCUUGUUGUUGUUGACUUUGUUUAUGUUUUAUGUUUCGUCGCCUCACGGGCUCACGCCUGUUUCGUCUGGCACGUAAUUUUAGGAAAUUUGCUAAACUCACAAACAAAAAAUGGCGAGCACCUCUAAAUCUAACACACCUCAAGACCUCAUGCAGGAUUUUAGAAAUUUUCUCUCCGGCUCUCGAAAUGCAAGCAAAGCAAACCACGUAGAGCUGACAAGGACUGCCCUAAAUCUCCUCAAGUCCUUACCCUCUGCACGCGACUCUGUUCUUGAAUAUUUUUGUACAGUAAUGGAUAUUUCUGUGACUCGAUAUGUUCAACAACUUGAGGCUGAGAGGGUUGGACAACAAAAUCAACAAAACCAGCCCAACUUUUCAUUUCCUGAAGAGGGCAUAGUUGCAGAGAUUCAUUCUGUUCUGUGCAGCUUUGUAACGACAAACCCUGAAGCUUGGGCUCCCAUCAUAUCAAAAUGGUCACUGGAACUGCUAGGUGAUUUAUCAAGCAAUUAUGCUGGAAAGGGUCUUGGCAUGGCUGGAGGACUGAGUGAAUCACUCCAACUGUGGAUGUCUUGUCGCGCAACUCGAACCCUGAUGGACAUAACCACCCAGUGCUUGGCUUGUCUCAUGAAUUCAGACACAGAAUCCUGCAUCAACUCAUUAUUAGAUGUUAGUGUUGCUCACAGUCCACACUUUGAUUGGGUAGUUGCACAUGUUGGUAGCUGCUUUCCAAAAACAGUUGUGACAAGGGUGCUAUCCUGCGGCUUAAAAGACUUUUAUGCUCAAGGCUUGGAAUGCAAUGCACAAAGAGGAAGAGGCUUCAUUCCAGGACACUUUGACCCUCAGGCAUCAAAACUAAAUUCAGUGGUAGGAAUUCUUGCUCACCUGGCCGGCAGUCACUUUGGAGAUAUAAGAACAGCACUUUUGGACUUAUUCAAGUGGAGUUUGAGUGACGAAGACUCGACUGAUGCAUUGAAAUUGGCCACCGUGCCCUAUUUGCUGCACUUGGCGUCUCUGAAUUCCAUUUUGUUCAAAGCACUGAGUGCUGAAGCGCUUCAAUCACUGAAUUGCAAAAUGCUACCAAAACUUGCAAAACUGGCUUCUUCGUGGUCCAACUAUUUCGGAGGAGGAACUGCUAUGCAAGAUUUGGUUGUCCACCUAGCGCUUGGUUGUGAACAAGGAGGAGCUCAGGCCUUCUCGUUGCUCUUGGACGCAGCAGGGCCUGAAGGCGGUCUUACCAUGGAACAGAGAAACUCGUGUGCUGAAACCUUGGAACUGUUUUUACAAGAAGUCGGCCUGAUGGUGAGGACAGUGGAGGUUGGCCAGCCGCCCAUCCAGCUUGCCAUGUGCAUUCGAAAGGAGUUGCACACCCUGCAGCCACUGUUGUUGAGCUCUGACGGCUUGCGGGCUCACGCAACGCUCCGCUUGAUAUCUCUAAUGGGACACCACUCCUCGGCAGUGCCGUUGCUGGCAAUUGCGUUCCUCUUGUCCAACGCGACCCAAGAUUACCAACUGGGAGCCAUCCUGGCUCUGUGCGAAGCAACAAAGGCGACGCAGCCGAAUCUUCUAGCCGACGCCUUGGAGCAAGAACUCGGCUGCCGGGACAACAAGAAUCACGAAACACUGUGGUGCAAUUUGGCAUCUUUGUUGAAGUACGAGCACGAAACCAAACCAGGGCCCGUUUUGGAGGCGGCCAAACGGUGCUUCCCGUCGAUCGCGGAAGCCGUCAGGGACGGAAAUUCGGAAGCAGCCAAAGUGCUGGAACUGGCCCUGCCUGCUCCCCAGGGCGUCGAGAUUUCCCUGAAACUGACGAGAGCGACCACAACCUACUUCUUCCACAGUCUGGAAGAGGCGGACGACCUGACUCGCAUUGCCGCCGGUCGCAGGGCCGUCCGACUGCUGACCAAACUGUGCUGUGGCUCGCUGGCGGCGCGGGCGUUGGCCCUGAGGGAGCUGCUGGAGGGAGCCAUUCGAACGUCUCAGGCUCGUCUCUUCGGCGCCAUGACCACCAGGAGAGCCAAACCCGGCUCGAUGCUGACGUCUUCCGAGCCGACACUGCUCAAGGACAACCAGAAGCAGUCCGUCAGCGUGCUGCUUCCACAACGCAAGUCGACGGUGUUCCACGCUGGAAUCAUCGGGAUCGGACCGAGGAGGAUGAUCACCUACCCCGUGCCACCGGCGGCGCAGGUCUUCAGUAACUGCCAGCUGCUGAUCGAGGCGUGCAAAGCCUGCUGCUGUCAGGAUGGCGACGUAGACAAGCCGCCCAACCCUGAGGCCAUGAACGAUCUGGCCCUCAUAAUGGUCGAGCUGAUCUCACCUGACGUCAUGUACAACGACCUGCAGUGGCCCGACGAGGAGUUCAGCAAGGAGGUGACCGUGGAGAGGGACCAGCACAUCAGGAGGAUCAUGGACGACAAACCGGUGGUCUGGGACCUGCUGAGGCUGGUGGCCACCCAGAGGCCAGCACUGUGCUACUGCUCGGUGCUGCUCAGGGCGUACGCAGCCUCCCUGAUGGGCCAGUGGAGGUGUAUACCAGGCAUCCGCCCUCCAAAGCUGGUCAGCCAAACUCAGCAACUGCUUGACGUGCUUUUGCUCGGACAGCUCAUCCCUCUUACCUUGGCCACGUCCAGGCAUAUGAUUCCAUCUAUCAAUCCACCGCAGAUCCUGAUGCUUAUGAGGGACGUUUGGAAUUAUUUGAAAGACAAUGUGCCGUCGCCAAAGUUUUUCAAAAGAGAUGCCGUCAAAGGCGAAGUCGCUUGGAGGGAAAAGAUGCCUGAAGAUUCGCCAUACUCGGAGACCCUUCGCCUAAUUAUGCAGUCGCACUUAGAAACCCUAGGUGGCUUGUACGCACAAGUGUUUGUGAAACCUCAGCUCGGAGAGUCUUUCUCGAAGCCUGUCGGUUGAGUGUAAAUAAUUUUGAAUUAAAAAUGUUUCUCUAUUUCUGUAA